UAUCCAUUUCUCGCGUUCUCUUUCUUUCAUACUGACCAAGCUUUCCUCACCUGUUCCUCAAUCUAAUCCAUUAGUGGUGACUUCCAAGCCGCAAUAUUGUGAUACCCAACGAUCCAUCAUUUUUCGCCACGAUUCGAAUCACAGAAGCAAUGAUGUCGGACCAAAAGACUGCUCCACCUCCGGCGAUCGAUGUCCAAGAGCCGGCGCCAGCCUACGAGAGAGAAUCUCCAAUUGCGUCCACUGUGCAGGGAAGCGGCCCUGCUCCCGCCAGAGAGAUGCCGGCGGACUUGAUACAGUUCGAACAACCUGCAACACCAAUGGCCGCUCAUCAAAAGGGCGGUCCAACAAUCACUCCCCUCGCGAACCCAGCGACGGUCACGCCGCUGCACAUGCUAGGUGACGAGCCGCAAUGGAUCGACUGCCCCUUUUGCAAGCAGCGGACGCAGACGGUCAUUGCCAAAGAGGGAACCGCCAUGCAAAUGGUUGCCGGUGCUCUUUGCUGUCUCCUCUGCGUCUGCCUGACAUGCGUGCCCUGUAUCGCGGGGUGGUGCGAGGACAUGCACUACACCUGCUCAAACUGCAAGAACAAGGUCGCUACGAGGCCGUAUGACGGGACGAUUCAAGUCUUUUCGCCGCAGCUUGGAGGUGGUGUCGUGCCGUCGCAGUAUGCGCCGGUUGCACCACCUGUCGCGGAAAAGCAACAGACUCCGAGUGCUUGAGGUUGAUUUUCAAGGUGAGGAGAGGCCUCAAGUGAUGUGAACCUUUGGAAUGCUGCUCGAUCAACAGGAUCAUAGGUGAGCAAAACACGGACUCGGUGUGAGGGAUGGUGAAGAGGAGUUGAUAUGUGGUCUAUUGAUUUUGGGGGAUAACUAGAGUGGAAUUUGGAAAUGAAGGAGGGCCAUGUUGGUGAUAAUUAUACAUAAUACAACCCGGUAGAUACCCUAGCUAAACAACUGUACCGUCCUAAAUCAUCUGUGGCCCACUUCAGCAUAAAGACUUCUUUUUAUUCUAAACUAUUAGUAUUACAAAGACCAAUUUGCCGGGU